GAGAUCGUGGGCGCCAUGAACGGCUUCACCUCCACGCCCGGCCGCCGACCCGCAGCCGUGUUGAGGGCUGACGAAGAGACCCUCCCGAAGGAGGUGGACUGGCGCACCAAGGGCGCCGUGACGCCCGUCAAGGACCAGAAGCAGUGCGGCUCCUGCUGGGCCUUCUCCACGACGGGGUCCCUGGAGGGCCAGCACUUCCUGAAGGACGGCAAGCUGGUGAGCCUCUCAGAGCAGAACCUCGUCGACUGCUCCGGCAGGUUCGGCAACAUGGGCUGCUUCGGCGGCCUCAUGGACCAGGCCUUCCGCUACAUCAAGGCCAACAAGGGCAUCGACACCGAGGACUCAUACCCGUACGAGGCUCAG